CCCCGCCCCCACCUCGGGGCGCAGCUCGGAAGGCGAAUAAAUACAACUAUCAACCUCGCAGAUCCACUUCAUCCAAGCCCAGCCUCGCAGACCUCUGGCGCCCGGCGGGUUCCCAGUUCCCCCUCUUCUUCCGAGGGGACAGCGGAGGCGAGGCCACCGGGCUGUCAGGCUGAAGCUCCGUGGCCGCCGGGUCCCGCACGCGAGCGAAGACCCCAGCGUGGGCGCGGCUCAGGGCAGGGCCCGCGGGACUCCGGACGCACCGCAAAAGCAUUGCGCUUCCCAAGGCGUCCGCUGCUGCUGGCUACUCCUUUGCCCCCUACCGGAGAGCUGCACUUUUGCCAGAGUUCCAGCGAUCUCUGCGAGCACCUGAACCAAAGCCCCAUUUCACAGAUGAGGAUACCGAGGCCCCCUGGAAGUAGUGACUCGUGCUUCCUCCCCUCGCCCUGGGUCUUCCCUGCCCUCCUCCUCUCCGCCUUCCUCGGUCUCACCCCGGUUGUCGCUCCCUGCCCCCGCGCCGCCCGCGUUCCCUCUCCUCCCCACUAGGCUGCAGCGGGGGGAGCUGGGGCUCCUUCCCUCCCUCUAGUAAACACACCCGCCCGCCAGCCCAUCCGCCACCACUGCCCUUAUAAAGUCAGCAGCCACCAGACUUCCUGCUGAAGUCCGAGCCCCCUCCUGGGGCCGGAGGUGGUAGGCGGGUUCCGAGCUUUUAGGGGUCUUUCCUGGCGCGAGAGUCCGGGAAUGGGCCAGCGGUGCUUCAGAGCGCGCUCUGCCCCUUGCUGUUCCCUGGAGACCUGGGCGAAUGCGGACUUGCCCCCCAGCAGCUCUGCCCUGCGCGCUCUGGCCUGGGUGGGAGAACCCGGCAGCGCGCCAGGAAGCUGCAGCGCGCGUACAGGACCUUCCUUGUUUCCGAUAGUGGCGCAGCGGGAACCCUGUGCCGCGUGCACCCCUGGCACUGCUAGUGCGCGCAGAGCCAGCUCUGUGGCACCGGCUGGGGAAGCCCAGAGCUCUAUGGGGGCUCCAUGAGAGUCCUCUUGCGGGUUGGCCUGAGGGGUCUCUGGUGCCACCAUGAUGCAGGACCCCUCCCAGGGGCCACUGGGGGGCCCUUCGCCCAGCGCUCUGUUUCUGUGCAGGCUCUCGGCCAGCAUGGCCCCCACGCUGCAGCAGGCGUACCGGAGGCGCUGGUGGAUGGCCUGCACGGCGGUGCUGGAGAACCUCUUCUUCUCUGCUGUACUCCUGGGCUGGGGCUCCCUGCUGAUCAUGCUGAAGAAUGAGGGCUUCUAUUCCAACAUGUGCCCAGCUGAGAACAGCACCAACACCACCCAGGAUGAGCAGCACACGUGGCCGGGCUGUGGCCAGCAGGACAAGAUGCUCAACCUGGGCUUCACCAUUGGUUCCUUCGUGCUCAGUGCCACGACCCUGCCACUGGGGAUCCUCAUGGACCGCUUUGGCCCCCGACCCGUGCGGCUGGUUGGCAGUGCCUGCUUCGCUGCAUCCUGCACACUCAUGGCCCUGGCCUCCCGGGACGUUGAAGUUCUGUCUCCGUUGAUAUUCCUGGCGCUGUCCCUGAAUGGCUUUGGUGGCAUCUGCCUAACGUUCACUUCACUCACGCUACCCAACAUGUUUGGAAACCUGCGUUCCACGUUAAUGUCCCUCAUGAUUGGCUCUUAUGCCUCUUCUGCCAUCACCUUCCCAGGAAUCAAGCUGAUCUACGAUGCCGGCGUGGCCUUCGUGGUCAUCAUGUUCACCUGGUCUGGCCUGGCCUGCCUUAUCUUUCUGAACUGCGCUCUCAAUUGGCCCGUGGAAGCCUUUCCUGCCCCUGAGGAAGUCAAUUACACGAAGAAGAUCAAGCUGAGUGGGCUGGCCCUGGACCACAAGGUGACAGGUGACCGCUUCUACACCCAUGUGACCACUGUGGGCCAGCGGCUGAGCCAGAAGGCUCCCAGUCUGGAGGAGGGGUCGGAUGCCUUCAUGUCCUCCCAGGAUGUUCGGGGCAUUGCAGAAAACCUUCCUGAGAGUGAGUGUCUGGCCAAGGUGCCAGCCUUGGGGGACAGGGGUGGUGGGUUCUCAUAUCUAGUGAUCACUCAUGUUCAAUUAUUUAUUGGCGUCACUCUUCAGUCCUUACAACACCCCAUGAUGUACGGGGGGUGUGCUCUCCAUUUACAGAUGGGCAAAUCAAAUCCUGUUCUCCUCAGGGAUGGGGCUGCUACCAAAUCCAUCAAACCACGCUACUGCAAGAUCCAAAAGCUCACCAAUGCCAUCAACGCCUUUACCCUGACCAACCUGCUGCUUGUGGGUUUUGGCAUCACCUGCCUCAUCAACAACUUACACCUCCAGUUUGUGACCUUUUUCCUGCACACCAUUGUUCGAGGUUUCUUCCACUCGGCCUGCGGGAGCCUCUAUGCUGCCGUGUUCCCAUCCAACCACUUUGGGACGCUGACCGGCCUGCAGUCCCUCAUCAGUGCUGUGUUCGCCUUGCUGCAGCAGCCACUUUUCAUGGCGAUGGUGGAAACCCUGAAAGGAGAGCCCUUCUGGGUGAAUCUGGGCCUCCUGCUCUUCUCACUCCUGGGAUUCCUGUUGCCUUCCUACCUCUUCUACUACCGUGCCCGGCUCCAGAAGGAGUACACCGUCAACGGGAUAGGCCCACUGAAGGUGCUUCGUGGCUCUGAGGUGACUGCAUAGACUUCUGAGACCCGGAGACCUGGAUGACAGGCAGUCAAGUCCUGAGCAACCAAAAGGAGUGCCCCAUAUGGCUUUUCUACCUGUAACAUGCACACAGAGCUGGGGCCGUGGAUUUAUAAAUACCAAGAGAAGUUCUAUUUUUGUAAAGACUGCAAAAAGGAAAAAAAAAAAAAAAACCUUCAAAAACGUCCCCCAAAGCCACGCUCCAUUGACUGAAGACAGUCCCAAUUCUAGAGGGGUUGAGCCUUCUUAUUCCUUGGAUUGGAGGGGACCAGGGUGUGGAGCUACCUCUUCUCCCCUUCUAGGAGUCUGCCUCCUGGGGGCAUCGGUGAACAGGCCGGCCCUAAGGUCUCAUGUGCCAUGAGUAGGCACACAUGCAUGGGUCUUUGUGUGUGAAUGUGAGAGAGACAGCCUGCCCUUCAGAAGGAAAGGGGCCUGGGGUGCUGGCUGUGUCCUAGGUUGGGGGUCAGCCCCUUCCAGGGACAGGAGGGCGGGUUCCCUCUCUGGUGCUGCUUCUUUCAAGUCUUAGAGGAAAUAAAAAGGGAAGGGAGAGA